UAGACUCACUUCUACGCGACGCUCGUGCCUCGCUUCGCUUAGAGUCACAAUGAGGCGAAACGCGUCAUGUGUCCAGAGACGCCUGAGAGGUACGUCGUCCGUAUUGGCCGGAAUAUCUCAUGCCAAGGAUCGUGUUGCUCCCCGAACGCCGUUCAACGCGCAAAAGGGCGGGCCUGGGUUGCGAGUGGGCUGUUACCCGCCAGUUCUCUGCCACCAUUACACUCAUCCACCUCAUAAUCUCGCCGUUCGCUCAUCACUCCAUUCGUUCACUAGUCCCCGAUCCCUUCGCCGACGUCUAAGCUCAUUCGCGACCUCACGUUUCGUGAUCAAAAAUGGUCUUCUCAAAGGCGUUCGGGGCCUUCGCGUACUUGCUGGUGGCCCCUUUGGUGCUGGGCGCGCACCUUCAUCGUAUGGAUGUGUACCGUCGCCACGACGCUGUGGUCACCAAACAAGCGAAUUCCACUUCGAGUCUGGAGAAGCGGCAAUCCGAAUCGUACAGCAGUGCAAGGUUCACUUACUACAUAGAUGGGCUGGGUUCAUGUGGACAGACCAACGUUGCAAGCGACUUUAUCGUUGCUCUAGAUGCGGACCUGUACGACAGAGGCUCGCAUUGCUUCCAGACCAUCACCAUCUCGUACGGGGGUAAAACCGCACAGGCGACCAUCAUGGACAGGUGCCCCGGGUGUCCGACUGGCGGUCUAGACCUAUCCGAGGGUCUCUUCAGCUACUUCACUAACGGUGACCUUGGUUCGCCACCGCUCUAUGGUGAAUGGUGGUACGGCACCGACAGCGGCUCGUCCACCUCCACCACCACCACCUCGUCUGUGUGGGUAGCACCCUCUACGACGUCCACGAGCACAUCAACCUCGUCGGCGUCACCGACGUCGACUUCGACCUGGUCUAGCUCAAGCAGUUCGGUUGCGACAAGCAGCAGCGUCACCUCAUCCAGCAGUAGUACAGCGACCCAGACCAGCAGUGCGGCGGCCAGUGCGUCGUCUCCGGCAAACGUGUUGGGGCUGUUCAACCAGGCUCUCGUGGGCAUGGCCGGGCUCGCUGUAGAAGCGCAUGUACAGUGAGCAUCGCUGCCACUGCUGUUUCUUUCUGCAGUGUUGCGGUAGCGUUCACGGCAUGUUGCCAUGUAUCCUGUGCGAUGCUCAAUUAUGCUAUGCACCUCCUCGAUGAUUGCUGCAGACCUGCGGCCGCACGAAGAAACAUGGAUAGUGACUAGUAGAUCAAUCUGACCGACUCUUUACACCUCCACGACAUAAGGUGUUUGGACUGUAUA